GGGCUCAUUCGCGAGUGCAAGUUGAUCCUCUCGGAACGGCUGAUCGGGGGAAUAUAAUAUAGUCACGAAACGCACGUAAUGUGGGCCGUGGAUUGUGAGCUGUGAAAUUUUCUAGUGAUUAGUGCGCGUUGAAAAACAAGUGUCCAAAAUGAUUAAACAGUUGUUCCUAGUGAUCUCAUUUCUGUACUUCGUGUACUCCGCUCCGCAAGCGGAGAAAUAUGAGGCGUAUCAGUAUCAGUAUGAAGUUAAGGAUCCGGAAAAGAAGCUGUUCUUCGAUAAAAACGAAGCUGGAGAUGCUGGUGGCAAGGUCUCCGGCAAGUACUCGGUCUGGCUACCGGACGGACGGCUCAUGACGGUCAAGUACAGCGUCGACAAGGAAAGCGGUUACAUAUCCGAUGUUGACUUCCAGGAAAAUGCAAAUCCUCUUUCGGGUUAGGACUAGCGAUGUGAAACAAACAAACCACGGAUCACGGAAACGGGCGGAGUGUUCUAUUUUACCUACACCAGUACUAGUUUUUUUUUAAAGAGCAGCGUAGUUAGUAGCAUUGAGCGGUUCACGAACUAACAUCAUCGUAUAAACGAAAAAAAAAAAACCAUCCACGGGAGAGUGACAACCAUCAUCU